GAGGGUAAAAAAGUUUAUGGUGGGUCCGGCUUUCGUGGCAAGGGUUUCCACUUCGAUGAAGCUGAGGCACAGUUAGUGAGCGAUCGAAAACGCUUUGCCAAGGCCGCACUCGGUAUUGAAGAUUCGGAUGAUGAAGGUGAUUCUGCCGUCGUCGACUGGGACACCAAAAUUGAGGAUAUGUUCGCUACCAAACGCAAAGUCACAGAUGUGGCUAAGUCUGGUGCCACGGAGCAGCCGGCUGCAACAGCCGCAGCAGCGCCUGGCCCAGGUGAAGGCCUGAGCCCGGCCGUAAUUGCACAACUCGCCUUGGCUCGCCAGAAGGCCGCACAGGUCGCUCUGAAGGGUCUUGGUAACUCUAACAGUGGCGCGGCUGUGAAUGCGAGCCGCAACCUCGCAGAACAGGCAGCAGAACGCCUGCACGCAAAACUGGGCUACUCAAAGCAGCAGGAGGAGGAGACAACAGCGGCUGGCAGUAGUAGUAGCGGGGGUGCGCCCAGCGACUAUAUACGACGUCUUCGCCUCUUAACACUCUACGCUUUCCUGCAUGCAUAUGUUUUAAGGUAUGAGGAGGAAUUGGAGAUCAACGACUUCCCACAGAACGUGCGCUGGCGCAUCACCGGUCGAGAAAUGCUGGUGCACCUGAAUGAGUAUUGUGACGUCGGUGUAUCUGUUCGCGGGAUCUACAUUCCCACCGGAAAACCCAAGCCUGUUGCCCCAGAGUCGUCUGACGAGCGCCCUCUUUACCUCUGCUUAGAGUCAACCAAUGAACGCAACAUACAGCUGGCGAAGAAGGAAAUUAUGCGCAUAAUAAAAGAAGAGUUACUGAAAUUGCAGUCUAGUGGAAACCUCAACCGUGGCCGCUACAAAGUUGUCUGA